UUGUCUGAAUAAAAACAUAUACGGAAUGUGAUUAUUACACGUAGAUUUUGGAUGUGAUUGUGUUGCUAUAUAUUCCACAACGAAAAGUUUUUUAAAUUAUUUGUUGACGUGGCGUCAAAUUAAGUUUUCGUUCUGUCAAUCAUGUCAUUAAAUAUGUUCCGAUUUACUUUUGUUAUUAUUUGUCUGUUUUUCUAUUUUUCAACCGGUUUUGCUCAAAGUGAAGAAAAAAAGCCUAAAGGCCCCAAAGUGACAGAUAUUGUAUAUUUUGACAUAACUAUUGGAGGUGAACCUGCUGGUCGAAUAGAAAUAGGUUUAUUUGGUAAAACAGUGCCUAAAACUGUUAAAAAUUUUGUUGAAUUAGCUACAAAGCAUCAAACUGAAGCAUCAUCUGGUGAUAAAUUGGUUGGAUAUAAAGGUUCCGUUUUUCACAGGGUUAUAAAAGACUUCAUGAUUCAAGGUGGUGACUUUACAAAAGGAGAUGGAACUGGAGGUCGUAGCAUAUAUGGUGACAGAUUUGCUGAUGAAAACUUCAAGCUUAAACAUUAUGGUGCUGGAUGGCUGUCUAUGGCAAAUGCUGGAAAGGAUACAAAUGGAUCACAAUUUUUUAUCACUACAACUAAAACUGCUUGGUUAGAUGGCCGUCAUGUUGUCUUUGGAAAAGUGUUGAAAGGGAUGGAUAUAGUAAGAAAAAUAGAGAGUUCUAAAACUAGUUCCAGUGAUAGACCUGAAAAAGAAGUUAAAAUAGCUGACAGUGGUACAUUACCUGUUGAGAAACCUUUUUCAGUUGCUAAAGAAGAUGCAACAGAAUGAUUGAUUGCAAUAACUUAAUUACUUAGCCUUAUGUUUAUGUACACACUACUUCAUAUUUUGUACUAGAAAUAAAGUAACUUUUGUAUAAAUA